GACUUCUAAGCGCCCAAAUGUAUUGCACAGACGUGCUUUCACGUGAUGUCAUUCCGACGCGUCGCGUCGAUCAAGCGCCGAUCCCAGACUUGGUUCAUUUCGAACGACUCACCAUACGCGGGUCGCAGCCCCGUCGAACCGCUUGCGAUACACAUUAUUCGGACAUUGAUAGACCCCACAGGCAUAACAGAGCUGCGAUACACAAGUACUCUACAUAUACACUGAAACCGUGGUUCUGUGGCCCAGUGCAAGAUGGCGUUGCAAUGAUUAAGGACACCAAACUUGCUGCAGCUUUUUGCCGUAUCACCACUCAACGCUCACGAGGGCCUUCGAAAAUACUGGCUGCGCUGGACGCUGCUAUUGCCCUGACGCUACCGCCAGUUGUCGAACCGCCUCCACCCUCUCUUCUGCAUUCUGGCACCUCGCAUCCACCACCGCUGAUGCAGCCACCGCCAGUGGCGACGGCUAAGCCAGCUCGUCGACCUCCACAUACGGUCCUCAAAACGAGGGACGUCAAUAGUUAUACACGCUCGCGGACGAAGACCACGGAGAUGAACGCUGCGCCUAUCUUGCCCCUCUACUCGUACAAAGACUACUAUCCUGCUCCAGCUGUGGUGUAUGUGCCACUCACGGGUAUGAACAAGGCUUACACAGAGCGUCGCACUGCCGUCGUACAGCUGUGUGACAAGCGGAUGAUCCUUGUCAUUCAGCUUAGCCAGAUGAAGCAACUUAGGAUUCCGCAGAAAGUCAAGGAGGUCAUCGAGUCGCGCGAUAUCGUGAAGAUGGUGAAACAUCAAGAGGACGGCACAGACGAUGGCGAAAAGCUUUAUCGCGACUACGGCAUCCUCGCAUCCAACCUCGUCGAGCUGGGCGCGUUUGCGCACCGUGCAGACGCGACUUUCGCGCGGAAGUACAACAGUCCAUCGUCGCGCUCGCGAAGUGGUCGAGCACUAUACGGCCAAGACGCUCGACAAGGCAGAGUGCGCUCGAGCAACUGGAGGCCGCGCCACGCUGCGAACGACGCACAUUGCGCCUGGUCGUAUACAAUCGCCUGCUUGACAUGCGGCCGAGCAAGGACGGUCCUGGUCCUGCCGUAUGGCAGCAGUAUUAUACCACGUUCUCGGCCGGCCGGCGCGGGCAGUAGUACCGCUCGCAGCACCUCCGCGAGUUCAUCGUCCAUUCGGUGUCGUACGUGGCGACGCCGAGGGCUCAAGAGACGCGUCCAAGUCCUCAGCACUCCGCGGUAUAACUUGUGCACUACGCGAUGCCCCUGCAGGAGAUUGCGCUACGCUUAGGGCGAGACACCGCGAUGGAUGUACAAGCUGAGUCCAAAGAUUAGCAUGCGAUACGCUUGGGCGUAAGUACGCGACUCGAUAGGACCUCAACAUCUCCAAGCCAUAUUUGCUCUAUUUGCCAUGUAAGACGGACGGCUCGAAUUGCCAACUACAUGUAUGACAGUUUAGAAGCCAAUGAAUGAAA